UUUCGACGCAUUUAUUACCACUUGGCGGAGCGCGCACUGUGGGAAAGAUAUCAACAAAGAGACAAGUCCGUUGUCGUUUGUCGCGGUUUGAUAAGCUCGUGUCGAGGGACUGUCAGUCAAGAUCGCAACACAAAAUCUCUGUGACAAACGUGCAACAUGUUCAGUCUGGGCGAGAUCAGCGAGCAGCUGAGAGACGUGAGCCGAAGGUCGGUCGGAGUCUCGUUCGCCGGUCAGUCGCUCGUACUGGACACCGCGAAUGACGCUCUGCGAGUGGUGGAAGCGAUUAAAACAUGCCCGUGCCUGGAGUACUUGGACCUGGAAGGAAACACGCUGGGCACGCCGGCCGCGGAGGUAAUAGCGGAGGCGCUGAAGGAGAAGGGGAGCCCGUUGAAGAGAGCUCUGUGGAAGGACAUGUUCACCGGUCGUCUGAAAACAGAAAUCCCAAAAGCGUUGGAGUACCUGGGGACGGCGUUGUGCACCGCCGGCAGUCAACUCACCGAGCUUGACCUGAGCGACAAUGCCUUCGGCCCGAUCGGUAUUCAGGGAUUGGCGAAUCUGUUGGCGUCGAGCCCGUGCUACACCCUUCAGCAGUUGAAGCUCAACAACAACGGUCUCGGCAUAUCGGGUGGAAAAGUGUUGGCUAAGGCAUUGGAGAAGUGCCAUGAGAAUAGUUCUAAGGAGGGUACGCCGCUUGCGCUGAAAGUUUUCAUCGUCGGCAGAAAUCGGCUGGAGAACGAGGGCGCGCAAGCGUUGGCGACCGUGUUUGAAAAGUUAAAAACAUUAGAGGAAGUUGUGAUGCAGCAGAACGGCAUAUAUCACGUAGGCAUCGCAGCGAUCGCGCAGGGUUUAUCGGCCAAUCCUAACUUGCGGGUGUUAAACUUGAACGAUAACACGAUCGGGCUGAAGGGCGCAAGAGCACUCGCGAAAGCUUUACCGACUUUCCGGGGUCUGGAGGAGUUAAACCUUGGAGAUUGUUUAUUAAAGACGAAAGGUGCUUUAGUCUUGGCAGAGGCGUUGGAGAUUCACGGCAAUCACACGUCCCUUAGAUGUCUGGACUUGAGCAAUAACGAGCUUCGCGUGGAUGCCGGAAAUGCUAUCGCCAAAGCCAUGCAUGAUAAAACACUUCUGGCAAAUCUACAGCUGGACGGUAAUUGCUUUGGCACGGAAGGACGCGAGAACCUCCGACAAAUCCUUACGAAGUUGGGAAGAAUUGAUGCGCUUAGUACUUUGGACGAGGAUUAUACAGAGGAUGAGGAGGAGGAAGAUAAUGAUGACAACACUGAGGAUGGACAGAGCGAAGAGGACGAAAGUGAUAACAAUGAAGCUGAAUCAAGUGACAAAGACAACAAGGAACAGGGUAAUGUUGCGCAAAGCGCAGUGGUAACAGUAGCGGAAUUUAUUAAGUCACCAAUAGGUGAGAAACUGAUUCUGCUGCAGGAUGAUGUGCAAGCUUUCAUUGACUACGCAACGAAUUUAGCCAAUCAAAGUAACGCAACUACGGAGCAGAAGUAUAUGGAGGAGCUUUUACGGAUAACUAUGAAAGUGUCGGCAUUGUGUGGCAGUGGUUACAUAAAUGUGAGAAUAAAAGCGGAAUUCUUGUCAGACGCUUUAUACGCAAAGCUGUUUUCUUAUGCGGUAGAGAACAAUAUAAUCUCCAAUUUGAAUAAUGCAUUAUUAGUGAAUCUUGGUUUGCUAAAGAGCGAGGACAAAACCAGUGGAAAAAUUGAUUGGAAUUUAGAAGGAUGUUUUAAGGCCCUGGAAAAAGUUACUCAGAGAGAUUAUUUCUCAGCGCAAACGAGGAGUAUGUUAAAAGUAUUUCUAGAGAAACCAAUGAAAACUAGUCGCGCGAACGUAGUAGAUCCAUUCCAAGAUUCUAAAGCUGCUCUUAAAACUGUUCUAGACAAUAUUCAAGUUACGUAAAAUUACCGGAAAUUAUCAUAACAUAUAGUUAUUUAUUUUUAUACAUUAUAUGAAAAAUAGAAAUUUCAUGUAAAGCUGAAAUUAAGAUACCAUCGUUAUACAUGAAUUUUGCAAAAUAUACAUAAAUAAUGAUCUUAAUCAAAUAAUCUUGAAGAUAAAUCUUCAUAUUUUAAUUCAAAUUUUGUACUUUUAAUAUUAAUAUUUUUCAAUAUAAACUUUUUGCAAAUG